AUGCUACCUCGUUCGGUUCUCCUACGGUAUAUAGGAGCUAGCGCUGCACAGCGCCGUGCAGCGCUUCAUGUGCAGCGGCGGUUACUCGCCUCUUCCUCGUCCUCUUCUGCCUCCUCGUCCUCAUCUCCCUCGACAGACAACAAGACCUCCCAAACCAAACCCCCCACCAAAACCACCACCGCCGCAACCCAACAAGAAAAAUCCUGGCUCACGAAACAAGUGCAGGCCUCUCCAGUCGCGAAGAAGGUGUUUUUGGGGUUGGCGCGGGUACUGGGGUAUGGGAGUCCCAAGCAGAACGCGGCGAGAAGGGCGUUUGCGUUGUAUGAGGAGGUGUGUGCUGUUAGGGCUGAUGAGGAUAAGGAGUUUUGGCAGCAAGGCUGCUACCUCCCACCCACCUUCCAAUCCUGGUUCACAAUCACCAACCUCCACAUCUGGAUGCUCACCGUCCGACUACGCGCGCUCCCGCCCGAGCACGGGAAGCACUACAUCCAAGCCCUCAUCGACCACUUCUUCCUCGACAUCGAGGACCGCAUCCGGGACGUCCUCCAGCCCAAGGAAGUUCCCAAACCACCCUACACCUUCCGCUCGGACUUCUACAUCAACCCGAACGAAGUAGUAACGAAGGAGGGAGUAGGUAAGAAAGUGCUGGCGAGGACGCCGGAUAGGAUCGUCACGAGGCAGAUGAAGAUUUUUAAAGAGCAGUGGGCGGGGAUGGGGUUGAGUCUGGACUUGGCGAUGGUGGAGGGGGAUAUGGAGAUGGCUGCUGCGGUGUGGCGGAACCUCCUCGGUGCGCGUGGGGCGCAGGGGAUCGAGUACCCUUCACCCCAUCCUACAUCGAACCCUUCACCCCAUCCUACAUCGAACCCUUCACCCCAUCCUACACCGGGGUCCACAUCAUCAAUGGACUCACCGGUAGGAUCCACUUCAACGGACCCACCGUCCGGACCGACACCGCGAAUCCGCCGCGCAGUAAACCUCGUCGGCGGCGAAGUCGUCAACGUCUCCAAGAUCGACCUCGAGAAAGAGUCGACGACGGAUGAUGGAUCGGGUGUACAUGAUUUCCCGCCGCAGGAGGUGGACAAGUAUUUGGCGUAUCCGGAGGUUAUGUGUGAUUUGACUAGAUACAUCCGCCGCGAACUGAAACGCCUCGAGAGCGUGCCCGACCACGAGAUCUUGCGCGGGGACUGGACAAAGUUGAAGUUUGGGAAUGUGUAUUGUCGGAAGUAG